AGGUAUGCUUGUUUUUUCUAUUCUUAUUCUAUUUUCAAUGCUAAACAUUAUUUAUUUAGAAACACAUUACAAUUUUUCAUUUGCAUCCAAACUCAAACCUUAUCAAAAUGUCUUGGUUUCUUACAAUUUUGUUUCUCACUCUCACAUUUGGUACAAAUCUUUCAGAAGCAAAACAUGUCAACAAGAAGCUUCAUCCUUCGCCUGCUGUAGUUGGCACUGUCUUUUGUGACACAUGUUUUCAACAAACUUUCUCUCAAGAAAGCCGCUUCAUUUCAGGUGCAUCAAUAGCUGUUGAAUGCAAACUAGGAAAAACAAAACAAAGAUUCUACAAAGAAGUGAAGACUAAUGAACAAGGAGAAUUCAAAGUAAAGCUACCUUUCUUAGUGAGAAAAAAUGUGAAGAGAAUCAAAGGGUGUAACUUCAAGUUGUUAAGUAGCAAUGAACCAAAUUGUGCUAUUGCUUCAACUUCCACUUCAUUUUCACUAACCCUAAAGAAAAAGUUGCAAGAUGAACACAUUUUUUCAGCUGGAUUUUUCUCAUUCAAGCCAAUAAAACAGCCAAAAUUUUGUGACCAAAAUAAGCAUAGUACUCAAAACCCUAAGAAAAAUGAAGUUGAAGAUUUUUUCUUUUUUCCUCCAAACCCUUUGAAUCCACCUUUGGUUCCUAAUCCAUUUCAACCACCUUUGAUUCCUAACCCUUUUACACCACCACCAUUGAUUCCUAAUCCUUUUCAACCACCUAGUCCACCUUUGAUUCCAAAUCCAUUUCAACCACCAAGUCCACCACCAUUUCUACCUAAUCCAUUUCAACCUCCUCCUUCAAGUCCUCCACCACUCCUUCCAAAUCCAUUUCAGCCUCCACCAUCAACUCCACCACCUUUCUCUCUCUUUCCACCAAUAGUAGUACCAGGUAUCACUCCAUCACCACCGCCGCCGCCACCACCAAAAUCAAUUUUACCAUUUCCUUUUCCUCCACUAUUCCCACCUCCUCAUAGCCCUGGCUCACCCCCUACUUCCUCAACAAAAUCUUCUCCUUGAUUAUAAACAUAUUGCAGACUACAAUUUAAAACUAUGAUGAUAUUAAUGUAUAAUUUACUUUCUUUUAUUAUGAUAUAGUAUAGUGAGCUAAGUAUGAGGAUGAAUAUGUCACAUAUAUAGUGACUACUGCCAAAAAAGUUGAUACAUUAUUGAUAUGUUUGUAAUUGGUAAUAGAUAUAAGAAUAUCGUUAUCUUAUA